UGGCGUGGUUUCGCGUGUUAUUUCUGCACCAACUUCCUCCUUGACAUAGUUUCUGCGUUGCUAUGAGGUACGGACGCUCUGCAUGAGCUUCGGCGGACUUCGAAAUGGAUGCAGAACAGGAUAUGCUUCUCGAAAAUUCGGUGCCCUGUCACCUGACGGUGCUCGCGCUGCUGGUCUGCGGUGGCGUCGUCCUGCAAUGCCUCUCGACCGAGCCAGAGGACGACGCGGCGAAUCGUGUUGAAGAUGACGAAGACCCGGUGGAAACAGUAGUACUAGACACGGCAAACGGCCCGGUCAAAGGAUUCAUCGCCCAGUCGUGUCUGGGAAAGCCAGUGCGUGUCUUUUACGGAAUACCGUACGCUAAGCCUCCCACCUGUCAACGCAGGUUCGAUCGCGCCGAACCUAUCGAACGGUGGAGGGACGUCUUCGAUGCCACAGUGAAGCCCUACUCUUGCUUCCAAGUGUUGGACACAUUCUACGGGAACUUCAGCGGCAGCGUCAUGUGGAACGCCAACACGGAAAUGAGCGAGGACUGUCUCAAGCUCAACGUCUGGACACCCGGCUGCCCGUCGUCCGAGGAACCACUCGCUGUUCUUGUCUGGAUCUACGGCGGCGGCUUCUACAGCGGCACUUCGACGCUGGACGUCUACGACGCUAGGACUCUGGUUUCGGAGGAGAACGUGAUCGUGGUCUCGAUGAACUAUCGCGUCGCGUCGCUCGGGUUCCUGUCCUUCGGCAAUGAGCAGCUGCCCGGAAAUGCCGGUCUCUACGACCAGUACCUGGCGCUCAAGUGGGUCCGAGAGAACAUCGCAGCCUUCGGAGGCGAUCCGAACCGAGUGACACUGUUCGGCGAAAGCGCCGGGGCUGUCAGCGUGGGUUUGCACAUGAUGUCGCCGCUCUCCCAACCACUCUUCGCCAGGGCCAUACUUCAGAGCGGAUCGCCCACUUCGCCCUGGGGCUUCCACGACAGGGACACGGCUCGGAGAGCUGCAAAAAGACUGGCUGUUGCUUUGAGAUGCCCGGACGGCUUGGACCAGGACACACUGGAUUACCUCCGCAUUAAAGACCCCGAAGAUAUCGUGACAAGCGAAUCGAAUAACGGUGGCAUUGUCGACUUUCCGUUCGCUCCCGUCGAAGACGGCGCUUUCCUUCCAGGCACGCCGCAGACGCUGAUGGACGCGGGUGCGUUCGCGACAAACAUAAGCGUCAUGGUGGGUUCCAACGUAAACGAAGGUUCCUGGUUCCUGCAGUACUUUUUAGGACUCUCAGUGACGGAAAAGAGCCCGAAAGUUACGAGACAAAAUUUCACGGCUGCUUUAGAAGCGCUGGAUCCGUCGCUGAGGGGGAUGCCAAUCGACAAGGUCCUGGAGAUGUACGCAGCCGGUAAGACGCCUUCGACAUCCGCGGAGAUCUUGAGGGCCCUGGACUUGAUAGUAGGUGACUAUCACUUCACGUGUCCCUCAGUGCGGUGGGCAGACCGCCUGGUCCAAGCGGAGAUACCGGUGUACCAGUACGUGUUCGCGCGCAGGUCUUCGCGGAACCCGUGGCCCCCGUGGACGGGCGUAAUGCACGGUGAGGAGGUUGCCUUCGUGUUCGGCGAGCCGCUCAACGACACGCACCGGUACAGCGAAGAGGAUAAAAUCGUGAGCCGUCGCAUCAUGCGGUACUGGGCCAACUUCGCCAAGACCGGGAACCCCAACCUUCCAGGAGACGGAUCGUCACAGUCGACCAAUUGGCCCAGGCGCACGAAUUCGCGCAAGGAACAUCUGGUGCUGGAUGUCAACGAAAGUGUCGGGUGCGCACACCGAGAAGCCUACUGCGAGUUUUGGGAGGACCUACGACGCAACCAGACCCCUCCGGUCCCGUCCUGUCGAGAAGACUCUGGGUGCGCGUAGCAGACCAUUUCGUGUCAAAAGUGUAUACCAGGGUUCGAACGCAAGACGUCGUGCAAUCAUGACUGAACUGUCACCUUAAUUGUGCCCGUUCCUUGUCACCAAGCCAAUUAAGCGAAUUAAGGUCACCAAGCCAAUUAAGGUCACCGUUCCGGUGAUCUUAACCGGCUUCGAAGCCACCGGUACGGGCGCGCGUUACAGCAAUAAAAUAAGCCGCGGUGCGGCCAGGUGACGUCACAAGCA